AUGAACUCGCCGCACUACGCCACGUGGUCGCCCGAUCGCUUGCUCGCGAUGCACGAGUCGUUCAUGAAGCAGGGAGAGGUGAGAGACCUGGAGAAGGAUCUACAGUGUUUGAUGUUCUAUGAACUGGCUCUCGUCACGGAGACAAAAUUGAUGACGACGCUGGAGGAGAAGGGCGAGAUCGCGAACGCGGCGGUGUUUUUGUUCUACGCUUUCGUUAACAUGGGACACGCGGAGCGAGCGGCGCAGAUCUUGGCCGGGGUGACGUUUGGAUGCGGGUUCGGAGCGAGCGAAGUCGGGUUCCACUCGGAUUGGGACGACUUGAAAACACAUUCACAGUGGGACCUUUGGCUUCGGUAUCGGUGGAAUGACACGGUGGAUAUCUGUUUAAAUGAUCACGGACCUCUCUUGAUGAAGCCGGUGCAGUAUAAGCAGUCCGAAAUUUGCACCAAGUUGGUGAUGCAGUUCAUUCGCCACAGCGAGUUUGAGCGAGCCGCGUGGUUGAACCGUUUGUUUGAGUCGCUCAAAUUCUACACUUCGCAGUACGCCGAGCACAUGCGAACGUUCUGCGAUGAUGAAAAUGAAAAUGAAAAUAAUAUUCGAGAGAUACCCGGGUUCGGGUGUGUGGUACUGCCCGUGGGCGUUGUCAGUUUUGCGCACGCAUACACACACCUACGCCUACUAGAAACGACGAUGUAUCACGUCCCAGAAAUCUUUCUGAACUCCUCAAAGGACAUCGAUCGAUUGACUGACAUAUUGGGAUAUAUUUUUCGAUUGACGCGCGAGAUGGCCUCAUGGGCUCCAGAGGUCCUCUGGGGAGGCAGACUCUGUGAAGGACGUUCGCAGAGGCUGCCGGAAUUUUUGUUGUUGCCGAUGUUUGGCAUACUGACGAGGGACGAACGAGUCGAAACGCUCAUCAUCAAACGUCUUAGGAAAACGUCCAAGAUCGAACCAUCUGACUUUUUCGCGCCCUUACUAUCCAGCACAUUUUACGCCGAGACGUUCUCAAAAAGCGGAUUGAUUUUCGGGAAUGAUGAGAGGGAUCGGAGGGCGAUGAUUAGGAGCAUAACGAAAGCAGUUUUCGAUGGUAUGGCAAGGAUGCGCAGCGUUCCGCACGAGCACGACUUGAGCGAAGACGCACCGAAUAAGUUUUUGGAUUCACUUACUGGGAUCAUCAUGGAUAACCCCGUAUUGCUCUCGGUCUCAAAACAAUACGUCGACCUGUCGACUGUCGAUAGGCUCGCAGGGACAGACCCAUUCACGGGCACGCCUCUGGGUCCGAACGCUCACAAGGUCGAUGCGGAACUGAAACGAAAAAUAAAUGACUGGUGCGACAAAGUACGAGAGAAAUGA